AUGGUGCCCGCAGUGACCGCCAAAUAUGACUGGAUUCUCGCGAUCACUACCAUCGCGUUUGUUUUCAGUGCUUUCGGUAACGGUGCCAACGAUGUCGCCAACUCAUAUGCCACCUCCGUCGCUGCGCGAACUCUGAACAUGGCCACGGCUGGUGUGCUCGCAGUCAUCACGGAGUUUAUCGGUGCCGUCGCUCUAGGCGCCCGAGUCACCUCUACGAUCAAGAACGGCAUUAUCGGCAUCGGUAGAUUCAAGGGAAAACCAGGUGCUCUGAUGCUGGCCAUGGGCUGCGCCGAAGUGGGCAGCGCCACUUGGUUGAUGGUGGCAACCAGAAUGGGAUUUCCAGUCUCCACAACCCAAACCGUCGUCGGCGCUCUCAUCGGCGUGGGUUUUGCCAGCGGUGCACCAGUCACUUGGGCCUGGGAGAAAGGUAGUGUAUCACAGGUAGCUGCUUCCUGGGGCAUUGCACCUCUCAUCGCUGCCGCUUUCUCUGCCCUCAUCUUUGCAACAUUGAAGUACAGUGUACUUGAGCGUCGCGACCCACUCAAGUGGGCUAUGCGUCUGAUUCCUUUCUACUUGGCAAUCACCGGUGCGAUCCUGGCCCUCUUUAUUGUCGUCGAGGCUCCCACUGCACCUUCGCUUGAGGAGUUCGGGGCCGGCAAGGCUGCUGGAAUCAUCCUCGGCGUCUUUGCUGGUUGUCUCGUGAUUGCCUACGUCUUCUUCAUGCCAUACUUCCAUCGCCGCCUUGUGAAGAACGAUACUCGUGUCAAGUUCUACCAUAUUCCCAUGGGUCCCCUUCUUCUGAAAGACGAUGUCCCGCUCUACUACCCCAGUAAGAGCGACACAGUCGUCAUCAACUACUACGAAGAUGCCUACGGUGAGGUCCUCGCAGGCCAAAAGACUGGUGGUCAGCAGAGAGCAACCGAAAACGAUGAUUCGACAACGACCUCGCCUGAGAUACUCGCCAAGACUGCCCCGGCGGAGCGCCUCAAUGGCGACGAAGAGAAGAAUUUGAAUUCUUUGAACUCGACACCCCAAAUCAAGCCCCGAAAGAAGCAUCUGGGCCCGACAGAGAGAUUCAUUGACCCGGUGCGUGAUCUUUCUUGGACAAAUCCCAAGAAAUAUUGGGGCUACAUAAAAUGGAUGCUGCUUCAAGGCGUGACCCGAGACGUGGUAUCACACGAUUCGCCUGCGCUUCGGGAAAUUCAUGCUCGCGCCAGCCGGUACGAUGAUCGGGUCGAGCAUCUGUGGACAUACUGCCAAGUGGCCUCGGCCAUGAUGAUGUCUAUUGCUCACGGUUCGAACGACGUUGCCAACGCGGUGGGACCCUGGGCGGCUGUCUACAGCACCUACCACGCUGGUGUCGUUGAGACCAAGGCGCCGACGCCGGUCUGGUUCCUGGUCGUCGCCGGUCUGCUCCUUGGCAUUGGCUUCUGGUUCUUUGGCUACCACAUUGUGCGGGCUCUGGGAAACAAGAUUACCCAGAUGUCCCCCACCCGCGGAUUCAGCGUUGAGCUCGGCGCAGCUAUUACCGUCCUGCUGGCUUCUCGACUGGGACUGCCUGUCUCCACCACACAGUGCCUGACUGGCGCAUCGAUGGGCACUGCGCUGAUGAACUAUGACCUUGGUGCCGUCAACUGGAGGCAACUGGGGUGGAUUGGUGCUGGAUGGGUCCUGACUCUCCCGUGCGCAGGACUGGUCUCGGGGUUGCUUUGUCUGAUGGCAUUGAACACGCCUCAUUUGUGA